GGCCCCAUGGAGGAAGUGAGAAAGUUGGCACGGUCACGCAGGGCGUCGCAGGAUCCGGUCACUCAGUGACAGAUGGACAAUGCAAGAAUGAGCUCCUUCCUGGAAUACCCCAUCCUCAGCGGAGGCGACUCGGGAACCUGCUCAGCGCGAGCCUACCCCUCAGACCAUGGGAUUACAACUUUCCAGUCGUGCGCAGUCAGUGCCAACAGCUGCGGCGGCGACGACCGCUUCCUAGUGGGCAGGGGGGUGCAGAUCAGCCCACCUCACCACCACCACCACCACCCCCAGCCGGCCACCUACCAGACUCCUGGGAACCUGGGGGUGUCCUACUCACACUCGAGUUGUGGCACAAGCUACGGCGCACAGAACUUUGGCGCGCCUUACAGCCCCUACGCAUUAAAUCAGGAAGCAGACGUAAGUGGUGGGUACCCCCCAUGCGCUCCCGCUGUUUACUCUGGAAAUCUUUCAUCUCCCAUGGUCCAGCAUCACCACCACCACCAGGGUUAUGCCGGGGGCGCGGUGGGCUCGCCUCAGUACAUUCACCAUUCAUAUGGACAAGAGCACCAGAGCCUGGCCUUGGCCACGUAUAAUAACUCCUUGUCCCCUCUCCACGCCAGCCACCAAGAAGCCUGUCGCUCUCCUGCGUCGGAGACAUCUUCUCCAGCGCAGACCUUUGACUGGAUGAAAGUCAAAAGAAACCCUCCCAAAACAGGGAAAGUUGGAGAGUACGGCUACGUUGGUCAACCCAACGCGGUGCGCACCAAUUUCACCACGAAGCAACUUACCGAGCUGGAGAAGGAGUUCCACUUCAACAAGUACCUGACGCGCGCUCGCAGGGUGGAGAUCGCCGCGUCCUUGCAGCUCAAUGAGACACAAGUGAAGAUCUGGUUCCAGAACCGCCGAAUGAAGCAGAAGAAACGGGAGAAGGAGGGCCUCUUGCCCAUCUCUCCGGCUACCCCUCCCGGAAGCGAUGAGAAGGCCGAGGAAUCCUCGGAAAAGUCCAGCUCCUCGCCCUGCGUUCCUUCCCCGGCGUCUUCUACCUCAGACACUCUGACUACCUCCCACUGAGGCCGCCCCAGUCCGAGCCCAGGCUUCUCCACGGAGCUGGGACUUCUAACCCAAAGCACAUUCUUAGCUUAUCUUCCCUUCCAGUUCCAGUCUCUCUCUUUCUGGUCCUAUCUGGGGAGCUCCUGGUCAGGUUAAUGUGUUUCCAGAGCAUCCUAGACCAGAGAUUUUGUGGGGGAGUAGUUCCUUCAUCCAGACAUGCCGGCCGGCAUCAAUGUUCUGAUGGCCCUUAACAGCUCUACCCACUUUUCUAUGUUCAUAGAACCUACUAUUCUUUUGGAUGUUCUUUGGAAAAUAGUACCCUUUGCCAGCAGAAACAUGUCAGAGGGCGGCCUCUCAUCUUUUACUUAUCUGUAUAUUUACAGUCCUCCCCUACCCUGAUCCUAUAAGUAGGCUAUAUAUAUAGAGAAAGAGAGGAGAGAGUCCAGGAGCUCAUGAAGAAGAGAUGCACUAUGAGCGUGUUUACACAAUUCAUCCCUUUAUUUAAUUCAGUUUCAUGUGUAUGAGUUUGCUGGUUGUAAAUACUUUGUCCUGAGAGAUUUAUCUUUAUACAGAUUUUCUAGAAAUGUUUGGAUUAAGUGACUAAAACAGGGUGGGCAAACUCUCAAAGCUGGUACGAUUUUGUAUGUGAUUAAAGGUGAAAGCAUACAUUCUCUGAUUAAAACCCAAUCAGAUGCUUCAGAGGGUAGCCUCAAUUCAUUCUUUCAGUGAGUUAAGAAGGCCUGCCUACAGAGCACAAGGUUCAGAAACCUGGCUUCCUGUGCUAAGUCUCUCCCCAUCCCUACCCCUUCUUGCUUCACUGGCCACCCCCUUCCAUUUAAAAUUUGUGCUGGAUUAUUCUGAACCUAAAGGUGUUAUUCAAAUCAGCUUCUUCCUUUCACAGUUAUCUUAGCUGGAUAUGAUGUAUUUUCAGCUCAAUUGUUAAUGUGAUGGAUGGCGCAACGAGUAUGUUUUGUGUGAUUCGUGAAUCGUCUUUUGCAUGUCGCACAAUGUUUUGAUUUCCCUGAAGUACCACACUGAGUUCUAUCAGUUAUCCUUUGUGAGCCUAUAAUAGUCCCCAUUUCCUGUACAAUCAUGAACAGCUCUGAGAUCCUGUAGUGAUGUGAUCAGAGCAGAGUUACGGGUCUCAAGAUGUCUGUAAUAAAUAUAU